AUGGCGCCUGAAGGUAUCCCGAAAGACCUCCCAGGUGCGCAGAUCAAGAUCGCGAGGAUCCGCUACCUUCAGCAGAUUGGAUUCGAGUCGAUCGACUUCAGCAACUUCCUUCAGGUCAUGCGCAAGAAUGGGUCUGAGCUCGGUGACGGUACUGAGCUUCUCCAGCUCGGUGUCGACCCCGAGCUGCUCAGCCCGUUGCAGACCCCAAGUGAUGGCGGCGCAUUCAUGUCCCUGGCCUGUCCUUGUUUUCAAAUCUUCAAGAACAGCAUCUUUGUUCUCCGGGCAGUCCCGGUUAAGAGCUUUGUGAAGACCUCCAGCCCGGAUGCCAAAAAACGGAGCUUGGUGAACAGAUGCCCCUACAGGGGCUUGAGCCGCCUGUAG